GAAUUUUUCGCUGAAAUCGCGUUCGAUCGAAAAACACAUCUUGCGCCUCAUCGUGCGUGCUAGUCGAUGAGCAGUUGUUAAGUAAUCACGCGAAAUACCCUUAUCGAAUGUUUGGAAAAAUUACAUUUUCGUUAGUAGACUUACAGUUUUAAGGUAUUUGAUAAACCAGAAGAAAUUCACGUUAUGGAUAAAACGUGAACGAGAGUAAUACUGAAAAUGAGCUAGCAGUAUAAAAUCUUCAAAGUCACGACAUACGUUCCGGCUUAAAGAAUACCAAAUCAACCAAAAAUAAUGAUGUUACGAACGCUGGCCGGCUGCUGUAGGCGGCUGCCGACAUCGAAAAACCACACCUUCGAAAUCCGGCGAGCACUGCUUGUCGGGCGAUCCCCAGUGACUGUUUUCACGAUUUCGAAUCGGAGCGAUCGAAAAAAAGAAGUUCCUCCAAUGGGCGGAUUUCACACCGCCAAACUAGUUCAGUACAAUUACAACCGUAAACGUCGCAGUUCCUUGGUGGAUCUACAGUGGAAUAACUAUACCUCAAACGCCUCCAAGAGAUGCAUCGGUGAUUUUAAAAUAAGAGAAUUUAGCAGUCAAGUUGAUGGGGCUGAAAAGCCCAGUACAACACCAAAGGGAGCAAUGCAGCGGAUAGUGGCUAGUCCAUAUGCAAGAUUGAUGCGAAUCGAUCGGCCCAUAGGGUCCUGGUUGCUAUUCUGGCCAUGUGGAUGGAGUAUAGCACUAGGUGCUCCGGCAGGCUGUUGGCCGGAUCCGUUCAUGCUGGCCCUUUUCGGAACCGGUGCCUUCAUCAUGCGCGGUGCCGGGUGUACCAUCAACGAUAUGUGGGACAAGGACAUCGAUUCGAAGGUGGCCCGUACGAAAAAUCGACCUCUGGUUGCGGGAGAGCUUACGACCGGGGAUGCUUGGGUUUUUUUGAGUGCACAGCUGGGAAUAGGGCUGAUGAUUUUGCUGCAACUGAACUGGUAUUCGAUUCUUCUUGGGGCCAGUUCGAUGGGGUUGAUUAUCAUAUAUCCGUUGAUGAAACGGAUAACUCACUGGCCGCAGCUCAUCCUCGGAAUGACCUUCAACUGGGGCGCUCUGCUAGGGUGGAGUGCCACUCAGGGAUCGGUAGAUUGGGCUGCCUGUUUGCCACUGUACCUGGCCGGCGUUUGCUGGACCAUCGUGUACGAUACGAUCUAUGCCCACCAGGAUAAGGUGGAUGACAUUCUGCUGGGAAUCAAAUCGACGGCGAUUCGAUUCGGGGACAACACCAAACUGUGGUUGAGUGGAUUUUCGGCUGCCAUGAUUGGCGGAUUGAUUACGUCCGGUGUUGUGUGUGGACAAACGUGGCCAUACUACUCGGCGGUGGCUGUGAUCACGACACACCUAUCUCACCAGAUCUACUCGCUGAACAUCAACAAUCCCACGGAUUGUGCGACCAAAUUCAUCUCCAACCACCAGGUUGGGCUAAUCCUGUUUCUGGGAAUCGUACUGGGAACGCUCUACAAAGGUUACGCCCAAAAAAGGACUGCUGUCACCACGAACGGUGCUCUGAUCAGUUUACCAUCGGUCGGACUCGGUUCAGGCAGCAAUAGUGGCCCCGGGGAUGGCAGCGGUAGUAACAGUCGUAAUACCGGAAGCAACACUCCCGGAUCUAAACUGCUGGCCACGGUGGCUACGGCAAGUCCCGCCGUACCCUAGCCAUUGUAAAUGUAGGUUAUUUAUUUUUAAGAUGAUAUGUUGCUAAAAUGAAGGGAACACAACACAAAAGGAAAA